GAAGCAAGAGCAAAAAGAACAAUCUUUUUUUAAGCUCAUGACAAAAAUAUUGAUUAUUGAUGGUUCUGAUGUAUUGUUUAAGACUACUUUACAAACAACUAUCUUUCAAGACAUGACGACACCUAAUGAACUAGCACAGCUUGACGUUGUUAGUAAUGGCGAAACCUUUCAUCUAGAGGGUCAUCUGUGUUCUCUUUCUGCCUUUUCACAUGUCCCUACACAUCGGAAUUUGCCGAAAGACAGAACAUAUUUUAACUCAUCUGAGAAGAAACAAGAAAAUCCUUGCAUAUAUGAUUCAAUCUUUUCUAAAGAGGAUGAUUUCAAUCCAAAGCUUCAUCGCAGUGAUCGCAGACAUGACAAACUUAUUGGACUGGAAAUAAAUCAAGAAGAAACAACAUAUGAUAUGAAUUAUAAAUUCAUAGAUCAAUUAUCAUCACUGAUCACUUUCUGAAUACUUAAUUGACUUCUUAACAAACGUUAGGUGGGUUCAUUCAGACACAUUAGUUACAAGUUUUACAUUACGCAAGAUUCUUUUUCUAGCAUUUUGGCGGCAGCUGACAAAGCAUCCUAAACUGUAUCCUUGAUUAGUUGUUUAACUAUCUGCUUUAACAUUUGAUAUAUGAUUUUAUAUAAAAGCAAUCUUUGUUAAGAUUAAGCUUUAUGGAUCAAUAUCCUGUAAUUUAGUACUAUUAAUCACAACUUUAUUAUACUAUACAUUUACAACUUUUCAAGUAAAUACUACUGAGCAUCUUUCACUGAAGUUAAAAAUGCUCAUUAUGAUAUACUAGAGUAGUGAUAACACUUGAUUUGUUCUUAAGGCAUCUAUGAUCUAGUUGAAUGAAAAUUUAUUCAUUUGAACAACUAGUUAGUUUUAUCAACUUCUGAAAGUAUCAUUUCUAAUUAUUUCUUCUAUAAUUAUCAGUAUAGGGUUAUGAAGAUUAUUAAGUCUUUGUUUAAUGUUAGACCAUCAUUGAAAACCUGGAAGAACUGGACGGCCAUUUUGUCCUAUUGUGAGACUGUUCAGCAGUGCGCUUGUACGAACCCCUUUGCAGGAUUUAAAGUCAGGACAUUUGGUCUGGCACACGAACGCAUAACAUUGAGAAAACUGAGCCGGAAUCCAAUGGUGUUAAUAUCUCAUCUCAACAAAUCCAUGAAAUUUUGAGACCAUCUUCCAUUGUACUGAGGUAGAUACAUGUCUCUACUUGACACGGAUUAGCUCCACUAGUCAUGGAUUCUCACUAGAACUCCGAGAAUUCUCACACAAAGCUAGUCACUAAUGAGCACAUGAACAAAACGGCCGUCCAGUACUUCCAGGUUUUCAAUGGUGCUCUAAUAUCAAUUGAUUCAUGAUCUUCAUCUUUUGAUUUUGUUUAUUGAACCUUUUCUACUAAACUGAUUAAUUAAUUUCAUUAUAGGAGAAAACUAAGGGUAUACCAUCACUUUCAUCAUCAAUAUAUGGACAUCGUUUAAAUAAAAAUAUUGAAAAUAAUGAUCGUAAACAUGCUCGAAUUAUGCUAGUGGAAAGUGAAUUUUAUCGUCGUAAUGGAAUUGAUUUAUUAUAAUAAACAAUAUGCUUAUUAUUCAAAUACAAUUAUUUCUAUGUAGACAUAAUGAAUAGAAACAAUUGAAUUGUGUAAUCUUUCCUUUAUAUAUUACCACCAUUGAGUUGAUCGCUUCUAUGAAUUUAGUGUUCAUCUUGCUGUUUCUGUGGCAACUUGGACCGAUGCAUCUAUGUGCCUGGUCCUACAUUGUAACUACCUCACUGACGCUAACUAACUGAAUUGUGUGUUAUCUUGUUAGUAUGUAUAAAAUUGUUUUGUGUUUGUGUGUGUAUGUGUUUUUCUAGUGAUUUGUGCUUGAUUUGCUUUUGAUUUUAUAGAAUAUGUACUUGUUUUAUUAAAUUAGUUGAAAAAUAAUCAAUAAAACAAUUUGAUUGA